ACAAGACCAAAUCCGUGAGUUAUGUCUUUAUUAACAGCAGACUGCUUGUGAGCAUUUAAUUAUAGGGAAGUCGGCGUUUACUGUGUUUUCGGAGUUAUGUUUCCUGAGAAUGAACGGCAGAGUCAACCUCCUGGCAGCAGUUCCUCAGCCAGGCUGGGUGUGACACUGACUUGUGCAGACCUCGAAGGCUCUCGUGAAGCCUCAAAGACCAUUUGGACUAACACUGGUCUCAACAGAACGCCACAGGUUGGGGUCCACUGUCCGUGUAAGGCUGGGGACAACAGCAAAGGGUUUGGAUCAUUCAUGAAGAGACUAAUGGACGCCGAAGCUGCCAUCGUCUCUGCAACCGCACAGCUCCUGUCAUUCAAAGACAUUCUGAAGGAUGCUCCAUCGUCUGCAGUCAACCGGCAGCGCACGGUAAAGCAUAGAAGACUCUUGCUACAAAAAAUGGAGGACUUUCGUCAAAUUAACCAGCUUGUGCGCCAAAGACUGAACCAGCUUCUGGAUGAGGAGACUGAUCGCCUUGAUGCGAGCACCAAGAUUGACGCUUUGCUGAAUAAGAUCCUCCAGAUUGAACGUGAAAAUCAGCUUCUAAAAGGUGACCUUGGUGUAACACAAAAAAGAGCGGAAGAGCUGAUGUAUCUGCAGCAAAAAGAACAGGAGAACAUCAAGAGUGCUCUAAACAUAGCUAAGUCUGCAGAAGGUGCUCGUGCCCGUAUACAGGGGCAGCUACGCAACAAGGAGGCGGAAAACAAUCGAUUGACUGUGCAAGUGCGGACACUUGAGCGAACCCUAACUCAACACAAGGCAGAGCUAGAUGACCUUAAAGCAUCCCUGACGGCUCUGAUGGAACAGACCUCGCAGGAGAAGGAGGCCCUCAAGAAGGCCUCACGUGUACACAAGCAGAAAGCUGAGCGAUUCGAGGCCAGCCUUGAGAAAAGCUUGACUCAGCUGCAGGAUAAGGACGCACAACUGUCAUCUCUCCAAGAAAAAAGAGACAUGUGGAAGCGGGAGAAGGAGCAACUGACUGAGGAGAACCACAAACUAACUACUCACGUGGAGUUACUGCAAAAGCAAGCAAUCGCCAUCCCGAUGAAGAUGCAGAAGGACAUGGAAAAGCAGGCGGCAAUGGUGAAGGAGCGAGAGAGAGAGUGGGAGGAGAGGGUGAGACAAAGGGAGAAAGAGAGGCUCAAGGGAAAGGAGGCCAGGGCGAAGGAGAGGGAGAAGGAACGGAUGGAAUGGGAGGCGAGGGAGAAGGAACUGGAGGACAGGAUGAAGGAAAGGAAGGAGCAGGAGCACAGGGAGAGGGAAUGGGCGAAGGAAAGGGAGGCGAGAGAGAAGGAAUUGGAGGACAGGAUGAAGGAAAGGAAGGAGCAGGAGGACAAGGAGAGGGAAUGGGCGAAGGAAAGGGAGCCGAGGGAGAAGGAAUUGGAGGACAGGAUGAAGGAAAGGAAGGAGCAGGAGCAGAGGGAGAAGGAAUUGGAGGACAGGAUGAAGGAAAGGAAGGAGCAGGAGAACAAGGAGAGGGAAUGGGUGAAGGAAAGGGAGGAGAGGGAAAAGGACUUGGAGGACAGGAUGAAGGAAAGGAAGGAGCAGGAGCACAGGGAGAGGGAAUGGGUGAAGGGAAAGGAGCCGAGGGAAAAGGAAUCAGAGGCCAGGAUGAAGGAAAGGAAGGAGCAGGAGAACAAGGAGAGAGAAUGGUCGAAGGAAAGGGAGGCGAGGGAGAAAGAAUUAGAGGACAGGAUGAAGGAAAGGAAGGAGCAGGCGAAUAAGGAGAGGGAAUGGGUGAAGGAAAGGGAGGCGAGGGAGAAAGACUUGGACGACAGGGUGAAGGAAAGGAAGGAGCAGGAGUACAAGGAGAGGGAAUGGGUGAAGGAAAGGGAGGAGAGGGAAAAGGACUUGGAGGACAGGAUGAAGGAAAGGAAGGAGCAGGAGCACAAGGAGAGGGAAUGGGUGAAGGAGAGGGAGAAGGAAAGGAGGGAGUGGGAAGACAGAGAGAAGGAACAAUUGAAGGGAAGGGCAGAAAGGGAGAGGGAGAGGAGGGAUUGGCAGAAGCAAUGUGAGGAGAGGGAGAAGGAAUGGGUGAGGGAGAGGGAAAGGAGGGAAAUGGAGAAGGCCAGAGAGGGCAGCUCCAAAAGGGGGGAGUGGCAAGAAAGGAGGGUGGAGGAAGUGGCGGAGACCUCCUCCGGACAUGGCGGUGUGGCGCAUCAGCGUGAAAGAUUCAAAGUGCAAGAGGAGCACGACAGCGGCAGUUACGCGAUGCUCAAGUUGGAGAAGCAACUUGCUGAAUAUGAGGCAGCCUUGGUCCAAGAGAAGAGUGCAUCGAGUGAGAAGGACCGCAUCAUUGAGCAGGUUCAAAAUCAGUUGGAGAAGCAGCUUGCUGAAUAUGAGGCAGCCCUGGACCAAGAGAAGAGUGUGUCAAGUGAGAAGGACUGCGUCAUUGAAAAGGUUCAAAAGAAGUUGGAGAAGCAGCUUGCUGAAUGUGAGGCAGCCCUGGUCCAAGAGAAGAGUGCGUCAAGUGAGAAGGACCGCGUCGUUGAACAGUUUCAAAAGAAGUUGGAGAAGCAGCUUGCUGAAUAUGAGGCAGCCCUGGACCAAGAGAAGAGUGUGUCAAGUGAGAAGGACUGCGUCAUUGAAAAGGUUCAAAAGAAGUUGGAGAAGCAGCUUGCUGAAUGUGAGGCAGCCCUGGUCCAAGAGAAGAGUGCGUCGAGUGAGAAGGACCGCGUCGUUGAACAGGUUCAAAAGAAGUUGGAGAAGCAACUGGCUGAAUGUGAGGCAGCUCUGGUCCAAGAGAAGAGUGCGUCGAGUGAGAAGGACCGCGUCGUUGAACAGUUUCAAAAGAAGUUGGAGAAGCAGCUUGCUGAAUAUGAGGCAGCCCUGGUCCAAGAGAAAAGUGUGUCGAGUGAGAAGGACUGCGUCAUUGAACAGGUUCAAAAGAAGUUGGAGAAGCAGCUUGCUGAAUAUGAGGCAGCCCUGGUCCAAGAGAAGAGUGCGUCGAGUGAGAAGGACCACGCCGUCGAACAGGUUCAAAAGAAGUUGGAGAAGCAACUGGCUGAAUGUAAGGCAGCCCUGGUCCAAGAGAAGAGUGUGUCGAGUGAGAAGGACCACGCCGUCGAACAGGUUCAAAAGAAGUUGGAGAAGCAACUGGCUGAAUGUAAGGCAGCCCUGGUCCAAGAGAAGAGUGCGUCGAGUGAGAAGGACCGCAUCGUUGAACAGAUUCAAAAGAAGUUUGAGAAGCAGCUUGCUGAAUGUGAGGCAGCCCUGGUCCAAGAGAAGAGUGUGUCGAGUGAGAAGGACCGCACCGUUGAACAGGUUCAAAAGAAGGUUGCAUCGCUGGAAGCAGAGUUGAGCAAUGCAAAGCUCCAAUAUAAAAAUGUAUCAGAGGAGCUUCAGAAAAUGCAAGGAGAAGACUCAAAAGCUGAAAAGGUGAGGCAGGAGCUGCAGGGCCGCGUCGAAGAGCUGCAGCAUUUGCCUAAAACGCUGAAAGAGACCGAGCUGAAGCUGCUCGCUUGCCAGGAGAAGCUACAAACCUCAGAGAGGAAGUGCUCAGAACAGGCGGAGGACAUUACGAAGCUGCAGUAUGAGCUGCAGACUCAAGUGAAUUUGGUGAGAUCGGCCGUGGAGCUGAGAGAGUCCGCUGACAAGACCCGUUCACAAGUGCAAGAACAAGUGGACAGCCUGCAAAAGACGCUGGAGCAGCUGCGCCAAGAGAAACUGGACUUGGAACGCAGGCUGGAGACCCAAGAGCAAGCUCUUCGCCACAGCAGCCAGCUACUUGAGCAACGCUCCACGCAGUGCUCGGAGCUCGAACGCCAACUAGAGCAACGGACGUUCGAAUGCAAAAUGCUCAACCAGCAGCUGGCUCAAAACUCAACAGACUUUUUGGAUUUCAAAGAACAGGUGAAAAAUGUCAAAGAGCAAGUUCUGUCCAAAAACGAGGCCCUUCAGAGCACCGUUAACGAGCUGAGGCUUCUCCGUCAGAGCAAGAUGAAGGCGGAGAAGAAUUAUGAGGCGCGUGUGAAAGAGCUGCAGCUCAACCUUGACCAGUGCGAAAGCCACAAGAAGAACAUGCAGAACUACGUGGACUUUCUCAAAAACUCUUACCUGAUGAUAUUUGAAGAUCCAAUAUCCACUUUUUGGUCUUCAGCGUUUGUGAAAUGACCUCCUACUUUUCAGCAAGUGAUAUUUCUUGUCAUCCCUUUUGGCAGGAAGCACAAUUUAAAUAAGGAAUAUCUGGUUAAUACACAGCAUCACAGUUUGGUAGUGGGUAGUAUGUCUGCCUCACCAUUUUUGAAGUACGGGAUCGAAUCCUUCCUGUUUGGAUGUCCUCACCAUGGUUAGUGGUGGUGUCUUCAGGUAGUCUGGCAUCGUCCCGCAUUCCAAAAACAUGCGUGUUCAUUGGAGACGCUAAUUGUGCAGAGGUGUGAACUGUGGUUUGUUUGUAUGUGCCCACAAAUUAUGUAUAUUGUGUUUUGUCAUUGAAUAAAUAUUGAGCAAUGGACUGAU